AUGUUGGCUAUUAGAUCUCGUUUCUCACAGGAUCACGGAGAGAUCCCAGAACGUUCCUGGGAUAGCGAUUCAAAACUCUCAAGCCCGAAAAAACAUUUUCUUGCUAGAGCUAGUGGAGAUAAUCUGUGGCGUGUCUGGACAAUUCUUUGGUUGGGGCUGGCGGCCCUCGUAACUCUGGCUUUAGCAGAAGAGAAGAAGGCAGAGGCCAAGGUCGAAAAGCAGGCAGCACCAUCAGAUGAUAAGAAACAAGAAAAGAGAGGACUCUUAGGAUUUGGCUUCGGUCAUGGAGGUGGUUUCGAUGGCGGUUAUGGAGGUGGUCACGGUAUCUCUGGAGGAGAUAUCGGUCUGUCUCUCCACGGUGGUGACAUCGGAGGAUACGGAGGCGGAUAUGGAGGUGGAUAUGGAGGCGGAUACGGUGGAGGCUAUGGUGGUGGAUAUGGCGGUCAUCAUGAAGAACACAUCAAGGCCAUCACCAUCCAUAAGGAAGUAGCCGUACCAUACCCAGUCACCGUCGAGAAGAAGGUACCUUACCCCGUCAAGGUCCCCGUCGACAGGCCAUACCCCGUCCAUGUACCAAAGCCAUACCCAGUCCACGUUGAGAAGCCAGUACCAUACCCUGUCAAAGUACCUGUACCAGCCCCCUAUCCAGUCACUGUCGAGAAGCACGUUCCAUACCCAGUCAAGGUCCCAGUAGACAGGCCUUACCCAGUUCAUGUACCAAAGCCAUACCCAGUCUACGUAGAAAAGAAGGUCCCAUACCCCGUUGAGAAGCACAUCCCAUACCCAGUCAAGGUUCCAGUAGACAGGCCGUACCCAGUGCACGUACCAGUUGAAAAGCCAGUUCCAGUGCCAGUUGAGAAGCCAGUUCCCUACCCAGUCAAAGUCCCAGUGGACAGGCCCUACCCAGUGCACAUCCCCAAACCCUACCCAGUACCUGUUGAGAAGCCAGUACCUUACCCAGUAGAGAAGCCAGUGCCUUAUCCAGUGAAGGUACCAAUCAAGAUCCCAAUCAAGGUGCCUUAUCCAGUAGAAGUCAAAGUUCCAGUCCACAUCCCAGUCCACUCCCAUGAUCACGGGCACUCUUACGGAGGCUACGGGGGCGGCUACGGAGGCGGCUAUGGAGGCGGCUAUGGAGGAGGAUACGAGUCAUACCAUCACUAAGUUACCAUGAUUACCUUACCAAUUCAAUUGUGAUCUUUUUUAUACUUUAACUUAAAUAUAUUUUUAUACUUUUUUUUUAUAAAUACGACUUUUUAUUCUAUACACCAUUUCCUUCGUAGUGUUGUA